AUGGCUGAGACCAACGAGGAGGCCCAGCUGUGGAGCGGGACGGUGCUUCAGGAUGCUUCCGGCCUACAGGACAGCUUGUUCUCCUCUGAAAGUGACAACAGCCUGUACUUCACCUACAGUGGCCAGUCCAACACUCUGGAGGUCAGAGAUCUCACCUACCAGUCUGGUCUGGGUGGCACAUGUCCGUGGUCCUACAGUCAGGAGGGUCCUUACAUAUCAUUCAGACUCACUAACCUCUCCCUACAGGUGGACCUUACCUCUCAGGUGCCCUGGUUUGAGCAACUGGCUCAGUUCAAGAUACCUUGGAGGUCUCACAACAACCAAGACUCCUGUGAUCUGGGCAUCCGAAAUCUGAACUUCAAAGUGAGGAGUGGACAGAUGCUGGCCGUCAUAGGAAGCUCAGGCUGCGGGAGAGCCUCGCUGCUCGACGUGAUCACAGGCAGAGACCAUGGUGGCAAGAUGAAAUCAGGACAAAUCUGGAUAAACGGGCAACUCAGCACGCCUCAGCUGAUAAGGAAGUGUGUGGCACAUGUGCGUCAGCAGGACCAACUGCUCCCCAACCUGACCGUCAGAGAGACUCUGACUUUCAUUGCCCAGAUGCGCCUGCCCAGGACCUUCUCUCAGGCCCAGCGAGACAAAAGGGUGGAAGACGUGAUUGCGGAGCUGCGGCUGCGGCAGUGUGCCAACACCCGCGUGGGCAACACAUACGUACGUGGGGUGUCCGGGGGUGAACGCCGACGAGUGAGCAUUGGGGUGCAGCUCCUGUGGAACCCAGGAAUCCUGAUCCUGGAUGAACCCACCUCCGGCCUCGACAGCUUCACAGCACACAAUCUGGUGAGAACCUUGUCCCGCCUGGCCAAAGGCAACCGGCUAGUGCUCAUCUCCCUCCACCAGCCUCGAUCUGACAUCUUCAGGCUCUUUGACCUGGUCCUUCUGAUGACAUCUGGCACCCCUAUCUACCUGGGGGCGGCGCAGCACAUGGUGCAGUACUUCACAUCAAUUGGCCACCCUUGUCCUCGCUAUAGCAACCCUGCCGAUUUCUACGUGGACUUGACUAGCAUCGACAGGCGCAGCAAAGAACAAGAGGUGGCCACCAUGGAGAAGGCUCGGUCACUUGCAGCUUUGUUCCUAGAAAAAGUGCAAGGUUUUGAUGACUUUCUGUGGAAAGCUGAGGCAAAGGCGUGCAGCACAGGCACCUAUACAGUCAGCCAGACCCAGACCCUCACACAGGACACCGAUUGUGGAACUGCAGCUGAGCUGCCCGGAAUGAUGCAGCAGUUUUCCACCCUGAUCCGUCGUCAGAUUUCCAAUGAUUUCCGGGACCUGCCCACCCUUCUCAUCCAUGGGGCAGAAGCUUGCCUGAUGUCCCUCAUCAUUGGGUUUCUUUACUACGGACAUGAUGCCAAGCAGCUCUCCUUCAUGGACAUGUCAGCCCUCCUGUUCAUGAUAGGAGCGCUCAUUCCUUUCAAUGUCAUUCUGGAUGUCGUCUCUAAAUGUCACUCGGAGAGAUCGAUGCUGUACUAUGAACUGGAAGACGGGUUGUACACUGCUGGUCCAUAUUUCUUUGCCAAGGUCCUGGGAGAACUGCCGGAACACUGCGCCUACGUCAUCAUCUAUGCAAUGCCCAUCUACUGGCUGACCAACCUGCGGCCAGUGCCUGAGCUCUUCCUUCUGCACUUCAUGCUUGUGUGGUUGGUGGUCUUCUGCUGCAGGACCAUGGCCCUGGCUGCCUCCGCCAUGCUGCCCACUUUCCACAUGACCUCCUUCUUCUGCAACGCCCUCUACAACUCUUACUACCUCACCGCUGGCUUCAUGAUAAACUUGGACAACCUGUGGAUAGUGCCUGCAUGGAUCUCCAAGCUCUCGUUCCUCCGGUGGUGCUUCUCAGGGUUGAUGCAGAUUCAAUUUAAUGGAUACCUUUACACCACACAGAUCGGCAACUUCACCUUCUCCAUCCUCGGAGACACGAUGGUCAGUGCCAUGGACCUGAACUCACAUCCACUGUAUGCGAUCUACCUCAUCGUCAUCGGCAUCAGCUACGGCUUCCUGUUCCUGUACUACCUGUCCUUGAAGUUCAUCAAACAGAAGUCAAUUCAAGACUGGUGAUGCUCAGCCUUGGUCCCACUGGUGGGACCCUUCUCCUUGGGCUGGCUGCCCCCUGAGGAGCCCGACUGGGGACAAGGAUCACAGAUUUCAAGCAGCAGCCAAGUCUUGGUGCUGUAGUAACACAGGUCAGCCACAGGAUGGCAGUAGAAUAAAGACAGUUGAGAGGUGUUUCUGCUCAGGUCUGGGCUUGUGAUGGGAGAAACAGGUACUUGGUGGACCUGCGAUGUGGCUCAUUCAUUUUAUAUCUUUAUAUAAACAACCCAGUAUGGAAUGGGAACCAAUU